AUGGACAUAUUUAUAGCAUGCUUAUGUAUAUUAUGUACCUUGUGUUUUAUAUUAUAUAUAACCACAAAAACUAUCCUUCCUCCAUCAAAUGAUAUAACCUUUAAGAAUCUUCAAAGGGCUUAUUUGAUUGUUUACAUACUAGGAAUAGCUGGAGAUUGGUUGCAAGGUCCUUAUGUAUAUGUAUUAUAUCAAAGCUAUGGAAUGACCUCUCAUCAAAUUGAGAUAUUAUUUGUUGCAGGUUUUGGUUCAAGUAUGUUAUUUGGGACUCUUGUUGGGGCUUUGGCUGACAAAUAUGGACGGCGCUUUAAUUGCAUACUUUAUGGAAUUCUCUAUGGGAUUUCUUGCCUCACAAAACAUUUUCCCAAUUUCUGGAUCUUGAUGAUUGGAAGAUUAUUCGGAGGCAUUGCUACGUCCAUUUUAUACAGCGCUUUGGAAUCAUGGCUCAUAUGUGAAUCUAAUAGCCGGGGCUUAGAUUCGCAAUCUUUGAGCGCCAUUUUUUCACGGGCAUACUUGGGAAAUUCGAUUGUCGCCAUCGUUUCCGGUUUGAUCGCUCAAAUAGCCGUCAACUUUUUUGGAUACGUCGCCCCAUUCGAUAUAUCAUUUUUGGUGCUAAUGGCGAUGAUAGUAGUUAUAAUCUUCUCUUGGAGCGAAAAUUAUGGAAAUCCUAAAAGCGAUAUUUUUACUACCUUUAAAACAGGGUUCACAUAUAUCAAAGAAGAUCACAAGAUAUUUUGCCUGGGUAUAACCCAGUCUCUUUUCGAAGGUUGCAUGUAUACCUUCGUGUUGGAAUGGACCCCUUCCUUAUCCCUCAUCCGGAAAUACGAUAAUCGUUUGAAUCUGGAUGACUAUUUGGCGAGCAAAAAUUAUUCGAAUAGCGAUUACGUAACCAUCAGAUCAAACUUCAUGGGUGAGGAAUACGUUUUAGUAACGGAUAAUGAUAUUCCUCACGGAUACAUAUUUGCUGGUUUUAUGAUCGCUAUAAUGAUAGGCUCUCUCCUAUUCAAAGUACUGUCAACACGCUCAACCCCAGAAUCAUUUAUGAGAUACGUUCUGAUGAUCUCCUCUUCGACAUUCCUAAUUCCUAUACUUUUCCCUGGAAAACGCACCCUUAUAUUCGUUUCCUAUUUAAUUUUCGAAGUAUGCGUCGGGAUAUUUUGGCCCUCUAUAGCAAUGUUACGUGGCAAAUACAUUCCCGAGGAAACUCGCUCAACUAUAAUGAAUAUUUUCAGGGUUCCUUUGAAUUUAAUUGUGAUAAUCAUCUUGCUUCAGAACUUGGAAAUGAAGACGAUAUUUCAAAUUUGCGUGAUAUUUUUAUUACUAUCCAGUUACUUUCAACAUUCUCUUCUCAAAUUAAUCUUAACCAGCUCCGAUAACAAUAAAAACUUUGCUUCAGGCACACCAAAUCCUGUUUUAGACUCUGACAAUACAAACUCUAAGCUAAUUAAUGCGUAGAAACCCAAAUAAAUUCGAUAUCCAUAUAUAAACAAAAAAUAUGAUUUAGAGUUACUGAUUUGAAUUUAUCCUUUAUUUUAACUAAAAAUUCUAUAAAACUUCUAAAUAAUUAUUCAAAUACUAUAAUUUAGAAGAUUAAC